UGUAGUAAAAAUAUAUUUCUUAAAAAAAAUUGUAAAAUUUAAUAAUAAUGAGUGCACCAUUUUACAGCCACGACCCAUGCGUCUGUACUGGACGGCCGUGCGGCGCGUGCUACCCGUACACGACGAAGCCGUGCGUGGCGUCCUGCAACAACUUGAGCGCGUGCUCGACCUGUCCCGGCGGCGGUUGCUCGCCCUGCCCCGCGCCCGUGCGACCAUGCCCCGAGCCCUGUCCGCCUACGCCCAUCCUACCUUGUCUACAGCCCUGUCCACCCUGUGAUAAGCCGAGUACUUGUGUGAGGCCACCUUCCAGGCUGUGUGAUUCGAUUGCGAUUCCGUGCUGCCGGCCCAACCGCUACAAGCCAUGCCCUUGCUACUGCUGCACUGAGCCGGCCAUCUGCUCGCCCAAGCGCUGUAGCUACCCCGGCGUACCUGUCUGCAAUGGCUGCUGUGGCCCUUGCAUGCCGGUUUGGUAGAAUUACCCCGCUUCUACAUUCCGCUUUUGUAGUCCCAUAAUUAACUUGUUACUUGUAAUGCCAUCAAUGUUUCAAUAAAUAGUGUUUGCCAAUCA